UAACUGGCCCAAAUCUCUAACUGCUAGGCUACCUGCCGCCACAUUCCGUUCAGUGUAACAUUCAGGUUUCAGCAGUUGUUUUAGUCAAACUGCUGUUCCUAGGAAUGUGUCUUUAUCAACCCAUUAAUGAGUCUCCCCUCACAGAUAUCCUGUCUGCACUUGAAUGGUUUUCAGACAUCAAAGACGCACUUCAAACAGGUUCAUUUUGAGGCUUUUUUUUUCCCUUGAAGAAACUGUAGCACCUAAUUUUAGAAUUCUCUUUCCUGUUGAAGUCUGUGUUGGUGAGAGAGAGGAAGGACACAUGGUGGAGAGAUGGAAUAAAGAAUGAAAAGGCGUGAAUGACUCUGACUCCCAUUUCCCCCGGCUUUUACAACUUUGUCUUCGCUUCUCGUUCGCAAAGGAUUUUUGAUUAGCAUCUGAAUGAGAGGGCAUUCACUGCAGGGACAAUGACGUCUUUCUGUCUGGAAAAAGAGAACACAUUGUCAGGGCAGAAUGUUUUGUUGUUCGGUCAAUCCAGUCGGUCCAGUACAGAGCCAUUCUCCUCAACUGACAACUGGGGGACAGGUUGACCCUGAGCCCACUCUCUCCCUCUCCAACCCGUUGACCAGACUGCCCACGAGUGGCGCUUUGUGGUGACUCAUAUGAGCAGAAUGCAAAUGAUCUGCGGUCAGUCAAUAGUGCUGUAAGUACAGCCAGGCUUUUGAGGAACACCAACCUGACCCUGCAGCACUUAUCCUGACUUUUAUAUUUUAUUUAUAGCCGUUUUAAAAAAAUCAGUGCCAAAAUAAUUCCUCUGGCACUUUUCUGCCAUCGGAGUGUGAAUUGAAAUGCCAAAUUUGUCUGAGGAGUGGAGGUUAGGAAGGUUGAGGGAGUGUGAAACACUGGCUGAGUGUAGUGUUAACUUGUAGGUCGCAGAGCUGAGUGUGGUUUUGUCAGGACUGAGUUUGUGUCCUUUGGGACUGAGUGUGUGUUCCUUGAGUUUUGAGGUGCAUUCGUCGGCACUGUGUUCUCAUUACGGCGACUGUGUGUAUGUUUCUGGGAGCUGAGUGUGUGUGUUCCUUGAAUUUCCUUGGGGAGAGAGCGUGUGUUCCUGUGCGCUGGUGUGCGAUAAAAGGUGAUGACGGCGUCGCUGGCAGAGGUAUUUCUGUUCCUGCCAUGCAGGCUGGUGACUGGCAAGAUCAUUUGGGAGGCUUUUAAAAAAUAUUAUUAUUUGUAUUUUUUUCUCCCCAAUUUCGUGAUAUUUAAUAUGGAGUUAAGAUCUUGUCUCAUCGCUGCAACUCCCCAACGGGCUCGGGAGAGGCGACGGUCGAGUCAAACGUCUUCCGAAACAUGACCCGCCAUGGCGCGCUGCUUCUUAACACUCGCUCGCUUAACCUGGAAGCCAGCCGCACCAAUGUGUCGGAGGAAACAACGUUCAACUGAAGUCGGCUAGAGUCGCUAGAGUGUGAUGAGCCAAGGAAAGCCCCUCGGCCAAACCCUCCCCUAACCUGGACGAAACUGGGCCAAUUGUGUGCCGCCCACGGCCGGCUGGCUGGCUGUGACACAGCCUGAGAUCGAACCCCAGGCUGAAGGGAUGCCUCAACACUGUGAUGCAGUGCCGUGGACUGCUGCGCCACUCUGGAGGCCAUUUGGAGUCCAUUUAUAUGCCAGUAUGUUGUGAUGGAUGUAUUAGUACUGAUUGCUGUAGACUAAAUGAGAUGCAUGCAUGUACUGUAAUUACAUGAUCCUAGUUGUAGGAUUGAUUGUUUACUGGUGUGUGUUUUUGCUGUGAUUAGGGGGGCUUUCGCUAUUGACUAGAGCUGUGCCAUUGACUGUGCGUUGUGUACAUUAGGGAAAAGAUGCAGUGGAGAGAGGAGACCUCUAUUGAAGUGUGCAGUCAGCGUUAUUGACUCCAUUUCACUGCAUGUUACUAUCUGGGGACGACUGGGGGAGUGAAUAAUCUCUCUGCUUGGAACUGAUCACAGAGCAGUCUGACCUGACCUUGUUUUAUUAUCAGCACAGUGUACAGUAAUGGCCUGAUUGGUUGAUGGCAUAUGCAUUCAGUUAUUCUGUGUAUUCAGGGUUGUUGUAUUGCGGUGUAUAGGUUAAAACGUUCAAAGUGCUGAGUGUGGGAUUGUGCUGGCCUGUUUUUUGAAGUCCUGUCUCAGGUAUCUGAAGCAGAGUAGGGAGGGCAUGUUGCCCAAGGGAGGGAGAGACUGCUCUGUUAUCCCAGAGUCCUCAUUAGUGACACACACACAUCGCCUCUUCCUCCUCACCCUGCUUGCUCUGUUAUGCAGCCCGCUUAGACAGAAACAGAGCUGUCAGGCCUGGUUGACACUGCACCAUUCCCCAGUCCCAGAGAGCUCCGGCUGAGGCCGCUGAGUUCACCUCGCUCUGCCCAAACCCAAAACAGCAUAUCCAUAUGUUACUCUGCCUACCUCCGUCUCCCGCAUAAUAAGGGUCAGAAGUUUUCCAUGGUCACGUAGCCUAACCAGGACAGAGUAACUGCCUACCUCCGUCUCCCACAUAAUAAGGGUCAGAAGUUUUCCAUGGUCACGUAGCCUAACCAGGACAGAGUAGCUGCCUACCUCCCAGUGUGUCCUCCAUACCUGUUCCCAACCCUGCGUCUUCGUCCUGGAACAAAUGGCUUUGUUCUGUAGAGACUGACAUCAGACAGAGAUGGCAGAAGUAGUUUGCUGUGAAUAGAUAAAGUCAACUAGAGAAGAAGUAGAAAGCCCUGUGUUAUCCUGUUGACUAAACACACAGCCGUAAUUGGAGUUCGUUAGCAUUCACGCCUGCUGUGAAGGUAAAGAGUGUAGAUUACAAAAACCCAUUCUAAGAGUUUUCAGAUUUCCACAGGCAAUUAUGGCUCUCUGCUAAGAGUUCUGUGUCACUAUGGUUUACUCAUUUUCAUUAGUGUUUCACUGUGCACUUCUGUGUUCUGCAUAGUGAUCGCUGAGCUCAUUCUACAGGGGAGCUCUGUACUAUGGCGAGACUGCUUGUUUAUUGUCUCAUUUAGGAACAGGAUGGUGAUGACAGGGAGGGUGCUCUCCAACUUGAUUGCUGGCUGCUCUUCAAUGGGUGACAUCAGACCAGAGUCAAUAGAUUUGAAUUUGAUGCGUUAAUCAAAAUGACGUUCCGUUUUAUGAGAAAAUCGGAUCUGUGCACCUGCUUUAGGCAGAUGCCCAUGAAAAAACAGUGUUCUUGAUGAUCACCAUUUUAGCUGGGUUGUAAAGUACUCAGCUCUGUAUGUUUUUACUGAUUUGGUCCUAUGGGGAAUGCUCCAGCAGCCAGCCAGUACACAGAGGGACACAGCACCACAUGUUGUUUUGGGCAAUGGCAUUGUUUGUCAGCAGAGGGCAAGGACACGGUCACUGCUUAGAUGUAGGUUUAAAUCUGGACUCUGUGGUAUCUCAGACCGUUCUUUGACAUUGAUGAUCUGUGUUAGUAAUUGUGAAGGUGUAUUGCUGAAUACGGGACUUUUCUGGAUACUGUAGUUGCAUGUAGUAGUGUUGCUCCUUAUUGAGUCUGGUAUUUUUCAGAGCCUCUGGCAGAUGAAGGUAGAGGAAAGUCGAGCAGUGAGUGAGUCACUGACAUGUCAUUUGGGACGAAGACUGCUUUGUUAUUCUCCAGCCUGGAGAAGGAGACACCAGCGGUGAACAGAGGCUUAUUCUUUCAGUUAGCGUAGACGGUCUGUGUGUUAGGCCUUGUUACACACACAGAGAGAGAUAUUAACUACAGCUUCUUUCUGUCCUAAUGAACAGAUAUCUCCACCCUCAGAUGAAUGUUGCUGCUAGAGAUAAUUACCCUCAUAAGUAUGGCUCAGAGGGGGGCUGUGCUGACCACUCCGUGUUUGAAAGGAUGAAGAAGUACCAGGCCUCGGCUAUGGAGGAGCCUCUCAAGGAGCCCAGCAGUGUGGUGGAGGAAGUGGAGAGGUCCCAUGGACAUGGUCCGGUGAUCCUGAGGAAGAAGAGAGCAGCUCAGAUAGAGAAGAACACCUGCCAGCUCUUCAUCCAGACUGAUCACCUCUUCUUCAAGUACUACGGCACCAGAGAGGCUGUCAUCGCACAGAUCUCCAGCCAUGUAAAGGCCAUUGACUCCAUCUACCAGGGUACUGACUUCCUGGGCAUCCGUAACAUCAGCUUCAUGGUCAAAAGGAUCAGGAUAAACACGACCAGUGAUGAGCGGGACAUCACCAAUCCGUUCCGCUUCGCUAACAUCGGGGUGGAGAAGUUCCUGGAGCUCAACUCAGAGCAGAACCAUGAUGACUAUUGCCUGGCCUACGUCUUCAGUGACAGGGACUUUGACGACGGGGUGCUGGGCCUGGCCUGGGUCGGAGCUCCUGCAGGGAGCUCCGGAGGUAUCUGUGAGAAGAGUAAGUUGUACUCUGAUGGGAAGAAGAAGUCUCUGAACACCGGCAUCAUCACGGUGCAGAACUACGCCUCCCAUGUCCCCCCCAAGGUCUCCCACAUCACCUUUGCACACGAGGUUGGACACAACUUUGGCUCUCCGCAUGACUCUGGGACAGAGUGCACCCCAGGAGAGUCCAAGGCCCAGGAGAAGAAGGAGCAGGGGAACUACAUCAUGUACGCCCGGGCCACGUCAGGGGACAAGCUCAACAACAACAAGUUCUCCAUCUGCAGCGUGAGGAACAUCAGCCAGGUCCUGGAGAAGAAGAGGGGCAACUGCUUUGUGGAGUCUGGCCAGCCCAUCUGUGGUAAUGGUCUGGUGGAGGCAGGGGAGCAGUGUGACUGUGGUUACAGUGACCAGUGUAAAGACGAGUGCUGCUACAACGCCAACGAGGCAGACGGCAACAAGUGCAAACUUAAGCCCGGCAAAAUUUGCAGUCCCAGCCAGGGUCCGUGCUGUACACCGACGUGCAACUUCAAGGGCUCCAAUGAUAAGUGUAGGGAGGAGUCAGAGUGUGCUGAACAGGGCAUGUGUAACGGAGGCACUGCCCAGUGCCCCACCUCUGAACCCAAAGCCAACUUCACCGCCUGCCAUGGAGAGACACAAGUCUGCCUCAACGGGGGCUGCUCUGGCUCCAUCUGUGAGAAGUAUGCUCUGGAGGUGUGUACCUGUGCCAGUAUUGAGGGAACAGACGAGACUGAGCUGUGCCACGUCUGCUGCCAGGAGAGAAUGAAACCCGACACCUGCAGCAGCACAGGCUCCGAGAAGUGGGCCGGCUUCUUCAGCAAGAAGAUCACCACGCUGCAGCCAGGCUCCCCUUGCAACGACUUCAAGGGUUACUGCGAUGUGUUCAUGAGGUGCCGGCUGGUGGACGCAGACGGCCCCCUGGCCAGGCUAAAGAAAGCCAUCUUCAACGCAGAGCUCUACGAGAACAUUGCGGAGUGGAUAGUGGCUCACUGGUGGGCAGUGUUGCUGAUGGGCAUUGCUCUCAUCAUGCUGAUGGCUGGUUUCAUCAAGAUUUGCAGUGUUCACACACCCAGCAGCAACCCCAAACUGCCCCCACCCAAGCCACUGCCAGGCACGUUGAAGAGGAGGAGACAGCAGCAAUCGAAUGGCCAGCAGCCCCAGCAGCAGCGAAACCAACGCCAGCCCAGAGAGAACUAUCAGUUGGGUCAGAUGAGACGCUGAGACACUGGGCCCCUCUUUGCCUUGGUUCUUCCUAGUGCCUACAGUGGGAACACUUCCCUCCAAAGAGUUACCUGUACCAUUCAUUGAAACCACCCAUCUGCAAAGCUAAAACUGUCAACAGAACUGAUUUCAAUAGACAAGACGUACAGUUCCAGGACCUAACGGACUAUAUCAACACCACUGCUCUGGGAGCCAGCUGAGCUGUCCUUCACACAGCUGUAAGCAGAAAAUAUUAUAGGAAAGCUCUUGGCAAUGACGGGAAGAGAAAAUGACUGAUUUCUGUUUCUUUUUUUUUUCCUGGAGUGCAGAGGAGAGCAGCAGCAUUGUGGUAAUGCAGCCUCUCCUCACCACCUUUUUAGCUACUUUCAUCUGUUUGUCCUUUCUGAAGUGCUGCCCUCCUGAGCAGGAAAACAGGACUGCAGGUCACAUAGGUUUUAGCUGCCAUGCAAAGCCAGGAUGUGAGACAUUGCAGCAGAAGAGACUAAUUUGCCAAUGUAAUUAUUAUUUUUUAAAUCAAAACAUGAUAAGAAAAGAUGCACAGGCUUGUAUUUCUUUCUGCGUGCAAUUGUACAGGUAUUGAGAUUAUAGAUUUUUUUUCUUUGUAUCAUAUGUAAUCGAUUGUUUUCCUGCUGUCUGGUAAAGAUUAUUUACUGUUUUAAUUCACUCUCUCAGGAUUAAUAAAACAAAAAACAGCCCUAUCUGUCACAUUUAGAAGCUGCUGUGGGGUGGAUCAGAACAGACCUCGGUUAUCAGAACAUGGAGGGAAUGUAAACAUAAAGCUGAAUAAGAUUAAAGCAGUAUAGAGGCGACAGAGUUGUAGAGACUGUUGUGAUGUCGUGGGAUAUCAUUGGGCUGGUGGAAGGUGUCAUAUUUUUUUUGCUUUUACAUUUUUUACGUAAUUAUGACAUGUUGUUCUCUUCAGCUAUUUUUUUCCUGACUCAAUGCAUUGUUGUGAAUCACUGAGCCGCUAAAUGCAGCAGAUGUACUUGUCUAUUGAUCAUUCCAUGUGAGAUUUUUGAUUUGGAUCUCUUUUAGUCCUCAUUUGGACUAAUCUUCCAAUUGUCCUUAAACAUUAAAAUACAAUUUAUAAUACGAGAGAUGGGUAGGAUGGAGGGAGAAAGGAGAGAAUCUUCAAUGCUUUAGCAUACAAGGCUGUCCGAGGGCUGGCUGGUGCUACACCUCAUGACUAUGUCACUGAACGUUGUCACAUCAUAUCAUUCAAGUCACAGGGCCUUGGCCAGAGCCUGCGAACACAGGCCAGGGUCCAUAGGGGGCAAUAUUACAGAGGGCAUCACAGACGGUCACUGUACUGGUCUGGACAUGCUCUCACCUUGCUCGGCUGCCCUCACCAAUGUUGUUACCUUAAUAAACGCACAGUCUUUAAGAGCUGACCUGGGAACAAUUGAAUGCCCUGUUACAUACCAAUUUGAAGGCUGCUUGAGGAAUCUUUUACACUUAUGGCAUGCAUUAGGAAUGUGAUGAAUGGUUUGCCAGAUGAAGAUCCUGGAUGGCUUUAAUGUGAUUGUUGUUUUUUCCUUUUGUCUCUUAUUUUAGCAAUUCAGAUAUUUGUAUAUGUGGAGGAAUUGUUUUCGCAUAAGUCCUACAAUGGCUUAAUGUCGGAGUGUCCAGCUAUGCCAAGCUGUUACAUAUGAACUGAGAUUGAUAAGGCUACCAAUUACCUCUAACUUUUCUCCCUUUGGCUAUCAUUUCCAUGUUGUGUCUCUCUCUCCUAUGAUGCAUAUCUGUGUUGCAUGUCCUGUCUCUCCCUAACCCCACAUCCCUAUUGGAAGUACGUAGCUCUGCUCUGGGGAUGAUCUCCACCAAAAUAAACGUGUAUGUCAUAGUCUUUGUUUUGUGUAAAAACAAUGUGUCUAAAUGGAGUUGAGUCUGAUUCUCCUGAGCCCAUUGCAACUCCACAGUCUGUCUGCAGGUCAGUGGGGUUUGUAAUGUACUGCCGGCUCAGAGCCACGGACCAGGACAAAGGCAGGAUAUCCAAAGAGACUCUGUUUAUCAGCUCGGAGUGCUGAAGUCUCAGGAGGCUUGAGGAAACAGAUUGCAAUAGUGACACUGCCUGACUUCAGGUGUCUUUUAGAAGGUCAACUUGACUGACUGACUAGGGAGAGGAGAGGACGUGGGAUAAAUGUACCAUCCUGUUUGUUGUCCUGUAUUUGUGUGGCAGGUGUUGAAAGUCUUUCAAAGCCUGUUACCAAGGUCUCUCAAAUAAGUUUCUCAGAAUGAACAUAGACUAGUACUCAAGUUCAGGAGGUAACCCUAAGUCCUUUUAUUUUGGAUUACUUUGUUUAUCCCAUUUAAAUGAUCUGUGAAUAUUGAUAUUUUAUGACUGAUUCUGGCCCGUUAUGCCUUAUCAGGUAGGUAGACCCGAGGAAGAGUGUCCUGGAGCUUAAUUAACGACAAGCAGGCCUCUUCACAUAUUAAUGCCUUGAUUGUUUCCUCCCAAAACUGGUCAUUAUCGAGGAAAAAUGGCUCUUAUCUAUGUAGCCACAUACAAUGUCUACAAGAGAGCCUCUGAAAUAGAAACAAAACUGAUCCUCCCUUGAUUCUAACACGUCUUUCUCUGUUCUUUCUGUUUGGUGCUGGUGGGUAUGGGUUUGUGCUGGAUAGUAAAAUUAUUGUUUCUCAUUACUUUUUGGCAUUUAGUAAGGCUCAUCGGAGUGUGGUCGUCUUAAAUCAUUCUUCUCAUUGUCUUUUUAUUCCUGUGGUAAGGUAAUAGGUGGGUGUAUAGAGGGCGGUGCCUGGGAUUUACAUUUCUGUCUUUAAUUUGUCUUGCUAAAAGUAUUUUGAGAAAAGCGGGCUCUGAAAUGUAAGUGAUGUAAACCGAGGGAAUCCAGAAUGGAAAAGUCUAGUACUACUGUCUGAUAUUAAUGUCUGCUGUGUUUUAUACAGUGUCUUCAAUAUUCUUUACAAUUUUCUUUUCUUGGCUCUGUUUCCUGUUCUGCUCACUUUGAAAAAUUUUACUAAAAUUGCUAAAAGUACUGUGCAAAUAUGUUUUUUGUUUUUUUUGAACUACUUGAAAUGCUUUAAUAAAAAUAGAUUUGAUCAACAAAA